ACAGCCAAACCAUAUUAUGGCUUAGUGCAAUGCAGGAACUGACCUAAUAUGGCUGAUUCCACAAGCUAUGUUUGAGGAAACCAUGGUCAGGGUGCCAGGCCUGCCUGCUUGCCUCACAAAGCCAUUCAUUAUGACAUGUCACAAAAGCUCCAAGGCUGCUCAACCCUGGAGAACUUGCCAGCCAUGCCAAAGACAGCUGGGGCAUGUUCAUUAUCAUCAAGCAUGGAGGUAAGGAAAGGUGGACCGAGAGGGUCCGUGGAGUGGACAUGAGGCAGGCAGGAGAGCUAACCCUAUGGGCUGCUUUAUCCAACUAGAGGGAAGCUGAGGCAGGACCUCUUGGGACUCCUUAGAGCCAGGAGCAGACCCUCCAAACCUUUGACCCUCCUCCCAGAAACUGGACGCUCUCAGGGACAUGUGUUGUCAUGGCAGGUGCAGCCCCCACUUUUAAAAACGUGUUUUAUCAGACACACAAUCCUCAUUAAUCCAGAAUUAAUGUGUUUGUUAUUCCAAAGACUGGAGGCAGAAGGCCGAUUGUAUGGACAAAUAAACUUUGGGGCCCGAGUCGGUUCAAGCAACCCUGAACGAUGGCUCUUCCAUCCUGGAUGCAUCCAGCCAAGGGAAACCCUCCCUGGCCCUGAUGCCAAUGCCAGAAGGGUGAGACCACAAGGAAGCCUGGGCAGGGAUGCACGACAUCCAGGCACCAAGUGUGGAGGAGUCCAGGCGAUCCCUUCGACGGGCAACCUCGGAAGGGUUGAGGAGAAUGGCAAUAGCCAGAAUGGAAACGCCGUUCUUUCCCCCUCUCCAGUCGUGUGUCUGUCUUCUCCAACCUUUCUCUUCCUUGUGACAGAGGCUCAGGUGGCCAGUCAGGCCCAGAGCUGCUGAUGUUCCCCAGGACAGGGCAGGAGAAGCCACCCUUCUCCAGCGGGAAAACAUUGCAUUACUCAGCGGUGACCGCAACUCCUCUCCUUUCAGACAACCGGCAGUUCCUGGCCAACAUCAAUUGCUCCAUUUUGCUUCUAACCCAUUACCUGCGUGAUAAGGUGGGAUUGCACAGGACAGACUCCAUUGACCUGUGUGAAGAGAAUGGGACCCUGAAGCUGAUUUUCCUGGUCAAGUUCCCAGAAGACAAUGCCAGCAAGUUCCUCACUGCACGGGGAACCUACUACAUUUGCAAAGUGGAGCGUGGCACCACAGGGACCAAAAAUGAACAUAGCUAUCGAGCCUUCCAACCUCUAAUCAAGUCUCCUCCGCAGGAUUUGCUGGAUUCUCUUCGCAACCAGUGUGAGUUUCUUGAAAAAAGCCGCCUGAAGAUGCUCAAGAACCAGGAUGGGAAGAAGCCCCCAACCAUGGAAGCUCUCCUAUCCUACAUGGCCAAUCAGGUGGUGGGAAAAAGCUCUGGGAAGCCAGGAGGGAGCAUGGCCAGCGGUCUAGACGAGGAGGGCUUGCCACGCAAAACGGCCGCCGCCACCAAGGCGAGACUGGAGGCCAUCCGGAAGGAGAAGGAAAAGCACCGCUGACCCUGGAAAGAGAUCCUGGGGGAGCUCCAGCCCCUUCCCCUCAGCAGGCCCUCCGCUGCACCCAUGGGAGUGACUUUGCGCUCCAAUAAAAGUGCCUCUGGCCCUGACUCCCCAGCCCCCUUCCCCCUUUCCCUCUGAAGCCGAUGCCCCGCUGAGGAGCAGGGGUGGCUUCCAGCUGCAUUGUCUGCCGAUCUGUUUCACAUUCGGGACGGGUUCUGAUGGUGAUGGUGAUGAGGUCCUUUCGAGGCUGAUGUCACCAGGGAGGCUCCUGAUUGGAGGUUCUGAAGAGAAGCUGCAGCAGAAACGG